AAAAUUAGGAAAAAUUUCAUAAGGAAGAGGAAAGAGGAAGAAGUACUUCAAUGGAGCAAACAAAUUUUAUGUUGUAACUCUUUGGUAGGUAAGCAUUAAGUGAGUUUCAUGACAUAACAUUGUAUCCAUGUCAGUCAUGAUAAAAAUACAAUCUUACCCCCUUUAAGGUAAGAAAAUUGUCCAAAAUACCCCUUGAUAUGUUUUUUUUUUUUUUUUUUGAUCAAAUUGAUGGACUAGUAUUUUCUCUUAAAUUAGAUUGAGUAAUAAAAAACUGAUGAACGUAAACCUAUCUGUACUCAGUUUCCCGCUCUCUCUCGGUUUCCCAUUGUAGCGCGCUGAACGCUCUCCAUUGAGGCGACUUCUGCAAUCUCUAUCCUCCAUUGAAGCAGCUUUUGAGGAAGGAAGUUUAGCAUUGCUGCAUGAUUAUAUUGGAAGGAUGGAUGCAAGAAUAGAUCAGACUGUGAAAUUUGUAGACGUACAUAAUGUUUCUAAUAAUGACAGCUCAGGGGUAGACUUUGGUUCUGCUCCUAGACAAGUUGGAGAUAGAGAAUUUGAACAACCACCUUUCCUGCUCAAUUCAUUUGUUGAAGGUGUAGGUCAGCAGCUUGAUUAUGAACCUGGCUUUUUGGUGCCUGAGAACCUGGAAUAUAGACCAACUACUGUUUUUCAUGUUGCUGACACAAACAUUGAGGAUUUUCAGAAAGUGCAAGAACAAGCUGCCUAUACUGAAGUUGAAUCACCGGAGGAACAAGAAGUAAAUAAGGAGUUAAUUUCUAAUUCGGCAAAGCCUUGGAGCAAGGAAGAAAAGAGUGCCAAAGGCACAUAUUCAAAAUCUGGAAGUUUGAUGAUGGAUCACCAUGUUAGCUAUCAGCUACCACCUGAUCAUGAAGGUAAGUUUGCAGUGUAUGAUUUGGUUUGGGGAAAGGUGAAGAGCCAUCCUUGGUGGCCUGGGCAAAUAUUUUACCCUUCUGAUUCCUCAGAAAAGGCUAUGAAAUAUUUUAAAAAGGAUUGUUAUUUGGUGGCAUAUUUUGGAGAUCGGACAUUUGCAUGGAAUGAAGCAUCAGUAUUAAAGCCAUUCAGAAACCAUUUCUCCCAGGCAGAAAGGCAAAACAAUUCAGAAGCAUUCCGAAAUGCUGUGAGCUGUGCUUUGGCAGAGGUUGCAAGAAGGGUGGAAUUGGGGCUGGCCUGUUCUUGUGUAUCUGAAGAAGCCUAUGGCAAGAUCAAAUAUCAAAUGGUUGAAAACUCUGGGAUUAAGGAAGAGUCGAGUAAGAGAGAAGGAGCAGAUAGAUCGACAGAUGCAGAUUCUUUUCAACCUGAUAAAUUUACUGAAUAUGUAAGAUCUCUAGCACUUUUUCCAAUUAGUGGCGCCGAACGGCUUGAGCUUGUAAUAGCAAAAACUCAGCUAUUAGCUUUUAAUAGACUGAGAGGUUAUGUUGCUUUACCUGACUUCCAGUAUUAUGAGGGGUUGGUGGAAAGUGAUGCUGGUACAUGUCCUGGAAAUCAGGGGAUGUCUAUUGAGAAUGAACAUGUAGAUUCAAAGACCAGAGUCAAUUCCAAGACAGGCCCUCGUAAACGGAAACACAAUUUGAAAGCUGUUGUGUACCAAAGGAGAAAAGAGAAAGGCACUGAAUUAGUUGGUGAGACGAUGUAUGACCUUGAUGAUGAAUUUGAUUCACCUGAGGAAGAUGAUAUUGUUUUGGUCUCCCCUACAGCUGGUGCUGGGAAAAAAUCUCCUGGAUUCUUUGAAGACGAUUUCGCAGCUCCUCAGAAAUCAAAAACUGUUUCUGUGGCCAAGGUUUCACAUACUGCAUCUCCAAAUCCGCAGCAAUCCUUUAAAGUUGGUGAUUGUAUUCGCAGAGUUGCUAGCCAGCUGACUGGAUCAUCAAGAACCAUCAAAGGUUGCAGCGAGAAAAGCAAUGACAAGCAUUCAGGAGAUGUUGCUGAUGAAGUUUUGGAACCUCUUAACGACACUCUGACUGAAAGCACUGUGAAGCAAAGCUCUUUGGUUGAAUUCCUCGCACAGCUUCACUUAUCUGCACGUGAUCCCAUGAAAGGAUACAGCUUCUUUAAUGACAUUAUCAGCUUUUUCUCUGAAUUUAGAAAAGUAGCUGUCACAACUCAGAGGAAAAGAUUGCGUAAAGGGUCUAGCAGAAAAAAGAAGCCAUCUAUUCCAGUUGUUGGGUCCCCUGAGACUUUUGAAUUUGAUGAUAGAAAUGACUCCUAUUGGACGGACAUGGUUGUCCAAGAUAGUGCAGAAGCUAAACCAGCCCGACGUAGUCGCAAGAGAAAGGAUAAACAGGUUGUUUCUGGUGAUCAUGAGAAGCCCCUUCAACAGAAUCCUAGGAAGCUUUCCAGGAAACAGUUACAUCAUAGUAAUCAUGUAUCAACUCCUGUAGUAUCAACUGAGGACGAGAAGCAGCUGGACCUGCCAACAGAGCUCAGGCUGAACUUUGGUGAGAUGGAUUCUGUACCUUCAGAAGUGAAUCUGAACAAAAUGUUCAGGCGUUUUGGGCCUCUGAAGGAAUCUGAGACAGAAAUAGAUGUGCAAAGUAGUCGUGCUAGAGUUGUAUUUAAGAAGCGUUCAGAUGCUGAAGUUGCUUAUAGUAGUGCUGCAACGUAUAACAUUUUUGGGUCAACUCCAGUCAAUUACCAGCUCAACUAUACACCUUUUGCUUCCUUUAGUACACCCCUCGCGUUGACUAAUGGAAUAGAAAAUACGACUUGAUGUCCUGUGAGCUCCAUUCCACCAGGUAGAGAUUCAGACUGACAAUUUGAAACUGAUGAACAGAAGGAUUGCUGAGUAAGAAGGUUCCUGGAUUUCAUCUGGUUAACGGUAUUACACUUCCUAUUGUCUCUGCUCUUUUGUAAUUUCAAUGAUGGGGUGGGUUUCUUGUUUCCUUGCCUUGAAGCUCUAUGCUAAAGCACAUCAUGACAAUCCCAGUGAGGACAUUGUUGCAUCUAACAAAUUAUUUGAUUUUUUGACCAUUUGGGUGGUUGAAUGAAUGUAUAUAAGUCUAGAAGAUAGUUAGGAUCUAAUCAACUCAAUACAACACAUUUAGUAGCUACUGCAGUGUCAUUUCAUGAAAUCACUUGCUUGUUUGUCUUGCCCCCAAGAAAGCUUUUCUACAAAUCAACUGAAUGUAGGUUAUGUAGCGAUUGUCUCAAGGGCAACUUAUUAUCUCCCAGAAAGCACUAUAGUAAUGUUUGUGUUACCAUA